CCUUCCAAGCCCUGUUCACAAUGCAGCCUGCUUCUGCAAAAUGGUACCAUCGAAGAGACUAUACUGUCUUCAUUGAAUAUUGCAUUGAAGACAGUAAAGAUUUUAAUGUAAAUUUUGAAAAAUCUAAACUUACAUUCAGCUGUCUUGCCGGAAGUGAUAAUUUUAAACAUUUAAAUGAAAUUGGUCUUUUUCACUGCAUUGACCCAAAUCUAAAUUGGUUUAGUGUGGACUUCAAUAAUUGGAAAGAUUGGGAAGAUGAUUCAGAUGAGAAGUCUAAUUUUGAUCAUUUCUCUGAGAUGAUGAACCACAUGAGUGGUGAUGAAGAUGUAGAUUUGCCAGAAGUAGGAGCAGAUGAUGAUUCACAAGACAGUGAUGAUGAAAAAAUGCCUGAUCUGGAGUAAGGAAUGUCAUCACCACCAGAAUUUGAAAAAGAAAAAAGUAACUUCU